AUGAAGAAGUCAUUUGCCGCUCGUCGCGUGCCACGGAAGAUUGGCCAUGAUGAACAAGAUACCCCGUCGGACGCCUCAAGCAACAAUGACUCUACCGCCUCAUCCUUAGUCAGGCGACCCGUCGCGAAGCAUCGCAAGUCUUCCGCCCUACGUCCGUCGUUUGCUUCCGAUGACGACAACGACGACUCUUCCACUUUGGUCACUCCCAAACGCGCAAACCUCUCCCGCCUUGCUAUCCAACGGAACGCCGAAAAACAGUCCGAUGUCGUCUUUCGCCCAGGCCUUGAUUCUACAUUGGAUCGUCCAACUUACAAUAGGGACUACCUGGACGAGCUGAAACAGAGCACCCCAGCCACACCGCAACACGUCGCAUCCACCGCAACCACAGACACUGAGCAUGUCGCGCCUAGUACUGCAAUCGAUAUCAGGUCGAAAUUCGGAUCCGAUCUCUCUAGGUAUCAACCUCCUACCGCCAUACCCACUGCCGCCGAGAUUCAGGAAAAGAAGGCACGUCGCGCACGCUUAGCCAAAGAGAACGACUUCAUCUCCCUGGAAGACGAUGGUGACGACGAGGAAGAUGACGACGCAGUCACACGAGACGACCAGGGUCGGCUGAUCCUCAAACCCAAGGAAAAAUACCCCGAGACUCGUUUAGUGCACGAUGAUGAGGACAUGCUCGAAGGCUUCGACGAUUUCACGACGGAUGGCAAAAUUACGUUUGGACGCAAGGCACAAAGGGUGGAAGACGAUAAACGCAGAGCAGAAAUGGCUUCUAUGAUCGCGGAUGCCGAGGGUCAGAGCGGAGAUGAUGACGACGAAGACGACGAGAGCGAGGCCGAACGAAAUGCUGCCUUUGAAGUUGCGCAAACGCGCCACGGAACCUAUGCUGCACGCGAACAAGAAGCCGACUCGACAAGGCCUCAAACACCACCCAGAGUUGUCCCUCUGCCGACAAUGGAUAGCGUGGUUGAAAGACUGCGAAGGCGGUUGGAGGAGAUGGAGAUCGUUCGUGCUCACAAGUCGAACGAAAUGCAGAGCUUGGUGGACGAAAAAUCAAGAAUCGGCGAGGAAGAGAUCAGAGUUCAGGCAGCUCUGAAAGAGACGGGCGAGAAGUAUCAGAAGUUGAGAGAGGACAUGGGCUUGCAAGUCAAGAAUGAUGAUCAACAGAUCACCACAAUCGACCAGAAGCCUACACCCAACCGUACUGAAGAUAGUGAGGAUAGCGACGCGGAUGAUGGAGAUGGGCGACCGGGCCUCGGAAGAACCGGUCUAGGUGGUGGGAUGCGUCGAGACAUGGCUGAUUGGGGAAUGUAA